GAAGAGCAGUACUGCAGUUGAUAGUGUGCUAAUUGAAAGCAUGUUGGCUACUAAGCUGUCCCGGCCUCUCCUGAGCUUCUCUGUGAAAGCCCUGAAUUUCAAGGACCCAGGGAAUGGCCUCAGACCUGUGCAAAGGUUUUGCUUCCCUCUCUUGUACCCAUGUGGCAGCCGCUCUUACGCAAAUGAAGUUGAUCAGAUUGGCAGCAGAGCUGUGCUUAUAACAGGUUGUGACUCAGGCUUUGGAUUUGCCUUGGCCAAGCACCUGCAUGCCAAAGGCUUCAUUAUUUACGCUGGGUGCCUGCAAAAGGACAAGGGAGAAGGUGGGUCCAAGGAACUGGACGGUAUGAACAGUGAUCGAAUGAGAACUGUCCAACUCAAUGUCUGUGACAGCAAAGAAGUAGACCGAGCAGUGGAGCAUGUGAGUAGCAGCCUGGAGGACCCAGAGAAAGGGCUCUGGGGACUGGUUAACAAUGCUGGGAUCUCCACAUUUGGGGAAGUUGAGUUCACCAGCAUGGACACCUACAUGGAGGUAGCUGAAGUGAACCUGUGGGGGACUGUGCGAACCACCAAGGCUUUUCUCCCGCUCAUCCGGAGGUCAAAGGGUCGUGUGGUGAACAUCAGUAGCAUGAUGGGCCGCAUGGGCAGUCCUGCCCGCUCACCGUACUGCAUCACCAAGUUUGGCGUGGAAGCCUUCUCCGACUGCCUGCGGUAUGAAAUGCAGCCCCAGGGGGUGAUGGUCAGCAUCGUCGAGCCUGGCAACUUCAUUGCUGCCACCAACCUGUACAGCCCCGAGCGCAUCAAAGCCAUCGCAGACAAAAUGUGGGAUGAGCUCCCUGAGAUAGUGCGCAAAGACUAUGGCAGGAAGUACUUUGACGAGCAGGUCAGCAAGAUGGAGACAUAUUGCAACAGUGGCUCCACAGACACCUCGCCAGUCAUUGAGAGCGUGACCCAUGCACUCACCUCCACCACCCCCUACACCCGCUACCACCCCAUGGAUUACUACUGGUGGCUGCGCAUGCAGAUCAUGACACACAUGCCUGCUGCCAUUUCCGACCGGCUCUAUGUCUACUGAGGCUACCCAGGUGGGAAAUUCAUUGUAAAGAGAGCAUUGUACACACUUCCCAUUCGUCCUUUUAAAGUUUUUCUAACCUCAUUUCAGAGUACUGUAUUUUAGCUCUAAAGGGUUCAUUUAAACAUCUGACAUAACCUAAAGGGCAAUAAUUUGCAAGGGUUGCUUCAUAGGCAGGAAUGCAUUAUGUUUGUGCAGGGACAUUGAUUCUUUGCUAUUUAUUUCAUGUAAUCGUCGUGGUUUUCUUUUUGCACCUCAAAUUCCAAGUUGUAAUCAUUAUUUAAACUGCAAUUGCUUUGAAAUGUUUUCAGAAUAAUUUUUGCUGGUGGCCAAACACAAUUUUCACAAUUCCUGCCUAGGAUGCACCCUUCACACCAUAAAACAGUGAUUUGCCCUCCAUGCUGUAAUGGCAAAUCACUGCCUCCUAAUGACAAAGAGCGUCCAACAGACUUGUCCAGGUCACAGUAGCCCAAGGCAGAGCAGAGAACUUUAAUUUGGGAUCAGAACUCAAAGUGCUGGAGGUACAGAAACUGAGCAACUGACCCUGUGCAUUUAUCUCUUAGAAUUACACUGAAACCGUAGAGAGAAAGGAACCGGUCUGCUUUUCUUACACGCAUCCAGGGACUCAAUCCUGCAGACCUUUCCCACUCCCACUUUCUUACUCACAUGAGCAUUCCCCUGUGUGAGCAGCUUUACGCACAGGACUGCAGGUGUCAGGAUUGGCCUGUAGUAACACUUCUCAAACCGUCAUUGUGCAUCAACUCCAGACUUAGUUUGGAGAAGAGUUUCACUCAGCUCCUAUAAUUGUGAGGGUCACUGCUGAGCAGAGGGAAGCAGCGAGAGUUAUAGCCACAUCAGAUAUGCCAUUCGUACCGGGGACCUCGGGGUUACGCUGAAGUAUCUGUACAGCACCUGCACAGAAGGGCCUUAACCCUGACCUAGAGGCCUAUAGGCAGUGUUUUGGUGCAGGUGAUGGUAACAACAGGAACUUUCAUUGAAGGAGUCACUGAGCUGAAAUGCAUCUAAACAUAAAUCUAACAGAACAUCCACGACAAUAAAGUUAACUUUAAGAGCCGUUUCAUUUCCGUGAUGGUUGUUUACAUAUCUGAGAAACAUUCAUUUUGUACUGUAAGAAAAGAAAAAGAAAAAAACCCAUAAACCAUAGAAGAGCCUUUCAUGUGAAAUGCAGACAGAUUAUUUUUUUUAGGCUUGGAAGACAAAAAGUAAUUAAAAUGACCAUUGUUAGUGAAGUUAAAAAGAAGGGAUCUCACAUGCUUUAGUAACAUAUUGUGACAUGAUCAAACUGCUUUGGCUUAAUAAAUGCAUACAUGAAUGGUAACAAAACUCA